CUCUCUCUCUCUCUCUCUCUCACUGGCUUGUACACAAGAGGCUGCCUGUUCUCUGAGUGCAGUAGUACGAGUCUGCUUGCAUGAACGGCUGCUUUUUGAUUGAUCCUGCAAGAACUGCAACACAAGAUCCGACAUGAUACCUUCAGUUACACUCAACAAUGGAGCAAAGAUGCCCAUUGUGGGUCUCGGAACAUGGAGGGCAGACCCAGGAAAGGUCACUGAGGCUGUUAAGGUGGCAAUAAGUGCUGGUUACAGGCACAUCGACGGUGCUUACGUGUACAUGAAUGAAGAAGAAGUCGGUGCUGGAAUUCAUGCAAUGAUUGAGCAAGGAGUGGUAAAGAGGGAGGACCUAUUUAUUGUCAGUAAGUUGUGGUGCACCUUCCACAUUCCGUCUCUGGUGAGGGGAGCCUGUGAGAAGACGCUCAGUGACCUGAAACUGGACUACCUGGACCUUUACCUCAUGCAUUUCCCAAUGGGAGCCAAGCAAGGGGAUGAGUUGUUUCCACUUGAUGAGCAUAACCAGCUAAUUUCUGAUGGCAGCAACUUCUUGGACACUUGGGAGGCCAUGGAAAAGCUGGUGGAUGCUGGGUUGGUCAAGGCUAUCAGCAUCUCCAACUUCAACAAAGACCAGAUUGAAGCCCUACUCAACAAGCCAGGCCUCAGGUACAAGCCUGCCACCAACCAGAUUGAGUGCCACCCGUACCUGACCCAGGAGAAGCUGAUCAACUACUGCCACUCAAAGGGCAUCUCAGUGACAGCUUACAGCCCUCUGGGCUCUCCUGACAGACCUUGGGCUUCAUCUGAUGAUCCCUCUCUGCUGGAGGAACCUAGAAUCAAGGCUAUUGCUAACAAGUACAACAAGACUCCAGCGCAGGUUCUCAUCAGGUUCCACAUCCAGAGGAAUGUGAUUGUCAUGGCCAAGUCAGUAACGCCCCAUCGGGUCAAGGAAAACUUCCAGUUGUUUGACUUUGAGUUGAGUGAAGACGACAUGAAGACCAUGCUAAGCUUCCCCGAGAAGAGAGCAUUCAAAUUACAAUGGGCCUCAUCUCACAAAGACUACCCCCUGAAUGUAGAAUACUAGCUCAUCACACAACAUGCUGCACCGUUUCGGCCUUGCUUCAACUAUUAAGCCUUCUUUAUAUUCAGAAUCUAGACACAGUGUUAUCAAACUACUACCCGGCUAAUGUGAGAGCCUAACUUUUUAUGUUUAGCUUCUACUGAACCAUUUUUGUAGAAUUCUCACUAUUGAAACAAUUAACUCAAUGAAUGUACUGAACACGUAGGUUGCGUGAAUAAACGUAUCUUUUUUUUACAUCCUGUUUUAUUAGGAGUUAGUGAUUCAUUCACAGUUACCUUAUACAUUAAUUUAUAUGUGGCCACAUAUGUGGUUUAAUGUUUUUAAUGUGUAUGUUAAGUACUUUUUGAAUUGAAUGGCUUUUCUGUAUUCAAUUUGUGAUAUAAUUACGCUUGUUUUGCCUGUAACGUGAAUCACAUCCUGUUUUUAACAACCAAAACAGUACACUACACGUUUGUGAUCGUGGUAACUAUUUGACUUGAUAAAAAUAGUGACAUAUGCGGCUAAA